AUGGCAGGAGACAUAAGUAAGAUGUAUAAUUCUGUGCUCAUUUCGGAGCUGGACCAGAUGACGCACAGGUUCCUAUGGAGGGAUAUGAACCCUAACAGAGAACCAGACCACUAUUGUUUGCAAACAGUGACCUUCGGAGACAGACCAAGUGGCAUAAUUUCCAUAACAGCGCUACACAUGACAGCGAAAAUGUUCAAAAAUAAAUAUCCUGAAACAUCCGACAUGAUCAUUAAUGAUUCCUAUGUCGAUGACAUUCUCCAUUCAUGUGAGACCAUCUCAGAAACCUAUAGCAAAAUAAAUGCCACAGAUGAAAUCCUUAAGGAGGGAGGAUUUCAAAUAAAGCAAUGGGUGAUUUCGGGCCACCAUGACAUGACAGAGGAUGUGAAAGUAAUUGAUACCGAGGUCGAGAAAGUGCUGGGCAUGAUAUGGGAGCCAAAGGAGGAUCAGUUUUCCUUCAAAGUAAGAAUCAACUUCUCAAAAAGGUGCAAGAAUGUCCGCCCUGGGCCUGAUCUCACAGCAGAUGAAAUAACACACAAACUGCCGAGCAGUUUGACAAAAAGAAUGGUUCUGAGUCAAGUGGCUUCACUAUAUGACCCUCUGGGCUUACUGACACCUUUCACAGUCCAGUGCAAACUACUACUGAGAAAACUCAUCACUUUGAAACGGGAACAAGACGGAGUGGAGCAAACGCUGGGUUGGGACGAUCCAAUUCCUGAUGAUGUGUAUGGGGAAUGGGUGUGCUUAUUUAAAAACAUGUUUGCACUAGAGAAAAUAAAAUUCCAGAGAUGCAUUAAACCGGAUUCAGCAAUCGGUAAACCUACGCUUGUUGUGUACGCGGAUGCUAGUAAUAUUGCUUACUCAGCUUGUGCAUAUGUUCAUUUUCAAUUACAGGAUGGCACACACUCGGCCCAGUUACUUGCAGCCAAAAGUAGAAUAGCUCCCCUACGACAAAUGACUAUUCCAAGGCUUGAACUCUGCGCAGCCGUGCUGGCUUCUAGGUUACGUAAGACAAUCGAGAAGGAGUCAAGGUUUGUAGUUGAACGAGUGUUCCAUUUAGUUGACUCACAGAUCGUGCGAUCACAGAUACAGAAAGAAUCUCAUGGAUUUGAAACAUUCGUGGCCACAAGAAUCGCAGAGAUCCAAACGCAUACAGACCCCAGUGAAUGGUGGUGGGUGGCUUCAGAUGAUAACGCUGCCGACUGCGCCACACGUCCCCAGCAUCCUCUGAGUUUGAGGUCCGAUUCUGUAUGGCAGAAGGGACCAGAGUAUUUGACUCUUCCUGUCGAAGAAUGGCCAAUCAGUCAACCCUAUGUGCGAGGGCUUCCUGAUAGGAAUGGCACAUCACUUUCAUGUAAGACUGAGAGUAAUCAGAACACUAAACAAUCCCUAAUAGACAUUGAAAGUUUCAGUUCUUAUGAGAAAAUGAUCAACACUACUGCAAUCGUCUUGUCCAUCUGCAAGAAGAAAACUUUCCACAACAUACUGCAGAACAUUACAUCUGAGAACCUAAGGAAGCAGAACAUUACUGGGUGA